CGCCCCCCCCCCGCCAGAGUACUAGUAUAUCGAAAAGAGAAAUUGUUUAUUUUAAUUGAAAUGUAAAUGAUACCAGUAAGUAGAUUGAUGAAAACAAGAGAUGAAAUGAAAAACAAACAAACAAACAUCUUUGUCAUUCAUGUAUGACUGUUAUUCUUAAACAAUCUUAUCAUCCCUAUGAACUAAUUCAAUCAAUAGAUUGUUCCCAUUAGUGAACCAUAGUUAUAAAGUGAAAUAUUAAUAGUGCUUCUUCUAUUCUAUUGAAUGACUUUCUUUAUUCAUGUUUAUGUUAUUCUUUGAUUGACAUAUUCUAUUUGGAUGAAAGUAUAGUUUGAGGUAUAUUUCUAUUCUUGAUUAAUGCACUUUAUAAUGAAUCAUUCUGUUUUAAAUGUUUUAAAUGUUAGACACUAUCACCAUUGGAUGCCGGCUUAGUGGUUCAGUAGGUUAAGCGUUCGUGCACGAGAUCGAAGGCUCUGGGUUUGAAUCCCGCGAGCGGGAUCGUGGAUGUGCACUUCUGAGGAGUCCCACAAUAGGACGAAACGGUCAUUCAGUGCUUCCAGGUUUCCAAUGGUGGUCUAACAUCAAUCGGUUCAUGAUCUCAAUCAAAAACUUAAAUGUAUAUUAUGAACUGACUUAAAGUUAAAUCAUCUUUGAGAAAUUGUUAUAUCUAGAACUUAGAUUCUUUGAUAUACAGUGUAUAAAUUAACCACUUGAAUGACAGAAUCCUCCCAAGUCUCAAAUGAAGAAGACAGAAGACAAGUGAAAGGAAUGCUAUUCCAGAUAUCGUCAAUUAUGGUAUAGGGGAUUUUAAUAUUUAUCCGAUAUGAAAGUUACACAUCGAGAUUUUAGAAUAUUCUUCCAAAAGAUGAUUGGAUGAAAUAACUUCGGUUCUCUCUGAGCUUCUUAGAACUACUUCGAGUUCACCCAUAGGUUGUCCUUACAAAAAUUAGGAAACAGUGAACAGUAAUUUCGUUUUAAUAUAGAGCUCCUUAACAAUGACAGUAAGGAUAUAGGUAUCGUCAGUUGAGAAACAUAAUAGUCAUGUAAAAUACCCAUAAAGACAUGAAAUAAAAACUGAUUCAAUGAAGAUUUAUCCUUUUGAUAGAUUCAUCUUUGAAGCUUAUCUUGAAGAUGAUAAUAAUUUCAAUAAUGGUGAUAAGAAAAUUCUGUUAAACAUUGUAAGAGUGAGGUAGAAUAAGCAAAGGUAUUAAAAUUUCAUUUUCAUCAUGGUAACUAAUAACAGUUUUUAUUGUUAAGCUCUUGAACAUUCGUUAUGACGAUAAACAAGGAAAGGAAGGCUCAGCAUAAUAAGAUAAAAUGUUGAAAUUACGAACUAAUUGAAAUUUAAAGUGUGAAGCACUGAACUACAAAUAAAUAGUCGGAAGGUACUAUACUCUUUCUAAGACCUAAAAGUUCCACAGGUUGAAAUCAUGAGUCAAUUGAAGCUAGACCACCAUGAAAAACCUUGAAGCAUUGGACAGCCGUUUUGUCCCAGUACGGGACCCCUCAACAGUGCGCAUCCGCAACCCCGCACCCUACGGGAUUCGAACACAGGACCUACUGGUUCCGCGCGCAAGCAAUUAACCACUACACCACUGAGCCGGCGUCCAACGGUGUUAAUGUCUAACUUCAACCAAUCCACGAAGUUGCGCCACCGUACACCAUUGUCUUUAGUGAGUUGAUAGCUCAUAACCGACUUGGUUGAACUCCACUGGUAAAGGCUUCUCACUAGAAUUUCAGGAGUAUCUCCUGAAGUCAGUCACUAGUGAGCAGACGAUUAUUAUAAUAGACCUAAAAGUGUUUGAGUUUGAUCCCUUUUACAAGUGUAGUUAAGGACUCGUGAGAAAUAUCAAAUUACAACAAAACAGCUAUCGAUAGUGUUCAGCUUUUAGUGAUUGCCUAAUUGAAGUUAAUCAUUGAUGUAAGAUAUCUUGAAACUAAAAUAACAAAGAGUUGUGCAAAAUCAUGAAUAGAUUGAAGUUGGACGUUAACACCGAUGGAUGACGACUCAGUGAUCUAGAAGUUAAGCGUUUGCGUGCGAGACCGCAGAUCAUGAGUUCGAGUCGUAUGUGCGGGCUUGUGGAUUCGCGCUUCCAAGGAGUUCUAUACCAGGACGAGAUGGCCAUCUAGUGAUUCUACGUUCCCAUUGGCGGUCUAGAUUAGAUCGACUCAUCAGUUAUACUAUUAAAAUAAACUAGACAGUAAAUUUUGAUUCUCAAGCAUAAACUCAUUCAAUUCAUAAGCGAAGUUGAUUGAAUACUCAAAAUCAAGUGAAAUGAUCACUGUUAAAGUGACACUAACAAGGCCAAAAUAGUACGUUACUUAUGUGAAAGUAAGAACACAAAGACUAGUACAAAUGAAUAUUUAUUAGCUCUGAAACAAGACGACAACUACCCUAGUCGGAAAUACAGCCAUUUAUAUAUUGAUUCGUACAUCCAUUUUGAUUAUUAAUUUGGAUAAAAUCACAUAUACGAAACAUAAUUACUGUUAUAACAAAUCACAUGCUACAUGUCAUGCUGUGCAUAAUUCUGGUCAAUCUUCAAUAUUUUUAUUUAUUUGAACGCAUAAAUAUUGGUACAAAGCGGCACUGAAUACAUAUACGCCACAAAUGUCACUUCAUUUGUGAGUGAACUGUGAUACUGCUCGGGUGCUCAAACCGAAACAGGUGGUUUUCUUAGAGGGCCAAAUCCGGAGUCUUCGAUCUCAAGAUCUGAUUCACAAGGCAGUGGAGCAACAUCAGGAGAUGCAGUUCCAUGGUAUUCGGUGAACAACAACCGAUUUAUACGUCAUUUGUUCUAUCAGGAUACUGAAGCUCAACUCUGUUAGAUGGAUCCUCUAUAUCCACCGAACCGAUUAAAGAGUCGGAUAGUCUCUUUUCAUCCUCUCAUUUUUGUGGAAAAACAAACAAGUAUAUCGUAUGUUGUAUGGAAUAAUAUAUCAUAAUAGGAAAACAGAAACAACUACUACAUUGUAUAAUCGUCACAUUGAAGUAAAAAUGGAAUUAAAACUUGAAUGAAAAUCAUAAAGUGUAAAUCAAUCUAUUUUUAACGUUUCUUCUCCAUUAUAUCAGUUCAACCCUCUGCAAGAUGUUUGGUUAACUUUCCGUUGAACAACGUAAUUCCACAGAUUAGAAUGGUGGAGAAGAUUUUAACUCAGGUAGAUGAUUUCGAUGAAGUUUUGUUCUCGAGGUGUACAGAACAAGCUAUGAAACGCAUAUGGCGAAAUUCGAACACUUCACUUCUAUCUAAAGUUUGUGCUGAUGAUCAUGUCGUUCAGAAGAACGAUGAAAGCUCCACGACCAAACUAUUCAGCUCAGAGAACGAAAUUCCAUCAAAAACAUUAGAAUUCCAGAUCUUACCAAUUCAAACAAACAAUCGAAUUAAGUUAAAUUACAUUCAUUCCAAUCAAAUGAUAAAUUAAUGAAAUUUAUUGAUUAACCAACUCAAUCAUUGUACUUUGAAUUCAAUUCAAUUAUACCCUCUGAUCAGUUGAAUGCUGAUUAAAAAAAGGGGGGUAGCACUGAUUAAUUCUAUCUUUGCUAUAAGUGUUUUGUAUGAAUUAGAUCAAACAACUAACCUGACUUAUUUAAGAUUUCAGAGUAAAACAAAUUCACAAUACACAAGUUUGAUAUGAUUCUUAAAUUUCUUUUUCCUGUGACCCUAAAUGCUCUGGUACAGCCGAAAGUGGGGAGAUACGGAAGAUCUUUGUAGUAGAGUUGGAAAACACUGAUGGUGUACAUGAGCCUCAGGAUCCUAAUGGAAAAAAUGGCGUAUAAACUUAUCGUUGGUUACCGGCUACCAAGUAAUUGCAUCUCCUGACGUUGCUUCACUGCCUUUUGGAUUAGAUCCUUAGAUCGAAGGCUCAGGGUGUGCCUCCCUAAGAAAUCCGCCUGUUUCAGUUUGGGCACUCGGACAGUCUCCCAUCCCUGGUACAUAUCUGUUUGGUGCCUCCUUAUAACAAUGUUUAUGUGUUUAAAUAAAUAAAUAAAAAUAGAAACGAUAAUAGAUUAAAAUCUAACAAAAUCCUAAGCAUUAAAAUCAUGAACUGAUCAAUAUUACAUCAGAAUUAAAAAUUUGAAAGCACUGGAUGGCCAUUUCAUUCUUAACAGUGAGUGCUCAAGAUCCAAGACCUUUGGUCUCGUGUUUGAACGCUUAACCUUUAGACCAUUGAACCGUCAUCCAACAGUGCUGAUGUUUAACUCCAGCCAAUUAACAACUAAAAAACAUGCAAUAGUAAACUGUAAGACAAAAUAACACUUUUUCUUUCUUUCUUUACAAAACUAUUCUACAAUCAAUGAUCAAUUUUGUUGUAUAAGUUACAAUAAACGUCAAAGUGUAAUAAAACGGAAGAAAUGUGCACAUGUAAUCUCAUUAACUUUACUUGACAGUUAAAUGAAUCAAUAAAUUUUUAGUUGCCUUGGUUACAAAAUUGAAAUAUUUUCUCAUGAAUAAAAAAGAAAAUUAAUUGAAUAUGACAAUGUUUAUGAUUAUGUGUGAUUAUGACUAUUAUAAUGUUGAAAAAUGAUUAUAACAAAAUGUAUGUGUGUGCUUGUGUUGGGCGACAGAGGGGGACAGGGCUAUCUAUCUAAAUGAUGAUAAUAUCGUCUUCAAUGUUUAUUUAAUAUAGAAACUGUAAAUAUUCUCCUAUCAUUGUUGCUUCAGGACUGGUGUGUGUCAACACCUGAACUAAAGAUAGGGAAUGAAAUAGUUGAACGCGUUGACAACUUCACUUAUCUUGGAAGUCUGAUCAGCCUUGAUGGGUUAGUGUCUGACAAAAUCUCAGCACGGAUUCGAAAAGUUCGUUUGGCUUUCGCCGACUGAUUAUCACGGAAUUCAGCCUGUUGAUCUGGAAGAUUAAUGUCUACUGAAUUUUUCAUCUAAUCCCAAAACACUAGUAAAAUCUUCUCCUGGUUCUGAUAGCAUUUUAAUGCCUCUAUAGUCUACAUACUUGCUCAGAUGUUCUUUUCUUUGUGGUAUCUUUCUAGUCUGUCUGUGGCAUAUGCUCUUCCUUCCAAAUCUUCUUGAAUAGAAUAUGGCGCAUAUUUGUAGUUAUGUCUAUGUGUAACUUCAAUGCUUCAACUUGUAUAUUGUCAGGUAGUAUCUAAUCGAAUUAGUUGGAUUCAUUUUUCCUUUAAAAUAUCUUGUUCAUGAAUGAUGAAUAACUUAUCAUUUCUUUUAUUGUUUCUUUUUUCCAUAUUACUUAUAGCUUUAAUGCUAAUCAAUCGUAAAAUCUUCUUUAAAGUAUAACUGAUAAAUAGACAAUUACUUUAACAUUCAAUCACUGAUUGCCUUAGUAGUUACAUGGUAACAUACAACUUUGAUCUUUAAAACAAACACUCCCCCCAACAAUUACGUUUCUUCACAGUAUCUAAUAUUGAUUCAAACAUAAAUCAUCAUAGCUGAUGCUCCAUUACGAGUAAAUAGGCUUAAGUAAGUAACUAACUAAGUCAAUGUAACAUCAAACAAGUUCAUAAUCAUGACUGAAGUUCUUCCUAAUUCAUCAAUAAAUGAAAAAUCAAAACAAUCAAUAUUCAAUCGUAUUAAAUUGAUUCAACGUUAUUUUUCUAAUUCAACCCUUCAGUCUAAAUCUAUGGAUAAAUCAUCAAAAUCAAUAUUAACAAUUCAACAUAAAACAUUGAAUGAUAAUCUAUUACCUUGUCAACAGAUUACAUCAUCAAAAUCUAAUGCUCAUCAUCAUCAUCAUCAUCACCAUGAUAAAAAGCAUUGGACAAUGAAACAAUUUAAAAAUUAUAUCAAAAUUAACCAUAGCAACAAGCAUCAACAUAAAUCAACGACAUUAACUGUUAUACCUACAAAAGAAAUGAUUACACCUUAUUCUUCUUAUUCAUAUAAUUCAUAUACAAAACAAUAUCAUACCUUGAAAGAAAUUUCAUCUAACAAAAAUGACAUGAUCAAUGUACAAACUUUCAAAUCAAUCGAUGAUAUUUCAUCAUUACAACAAUCAAUUUCAUUAAGUUCAUUAAGUUUAGAUGAUGAUGAUCAUGAUGAUGAUGAUGAUCAGAAUAAAUCUUAUCAAAAAAUAACUAAUCUUGAUGAAAUGAAUGAUGAAAAUAUGACUGUAUCCAAAUUUGUUAAUGAUAUUAUAAAACAAUCAGAUUUAGAUAAAAGUUGGUUAACUAUUGAUUAUGAUGAUGAUCAUCAUCAUCAUCUUCAACAACAACGAGAACAGCACCGGCAGCAACGAGAACAACAACAACAACGAGAACAGCAACAACGAGAACAACAACAACGAGAACAACACCAACGGGAACAACAACACCGACAAGAACAACAUCAACAACAACAACAACGAGAACAGCAACAACGAGAACGACAACAACAACAACGUCAAUUAUCAAUGUCUGAUAUCUAUCCAAUAUGUACAAGUCAUGAUCCACUUAGUGACUCAUUGAAAUACUUUACAUCCUUGUCUUCUAAUAUGUCAAUUAUAAAGAAAAAAGAAAAAAAUUUUAAUAUUUUCUUAUCAAUAUUAUCGAAAUGUAACAAUAAUAAUGAUAAAAGUUUAUUAAUAAAACGUAAUUUAAAUAGGCUGAAAAAAUGUAAAACUUUAUCAACUAUGGAGAUUGAUUUGUUGCUAUGUGAAAAUAGUAAGUAA